CUUAUUUAUCUUUAACACAAUUAGCUGCCCGUGGUAGAGAAACCGAAAUGUAUUGGUCAAAUAUACCGAUUUAUGAAAUUCGUUGUUAUAUAAUAUUGCAGGCUACAAUGGCUCUAAGAUAUUUCAUAGCCAGAAUUUUUCACGUAGCUAGGCAAAAAGUGUUACGUAUUUUUAACUAAUUUCAUACCAUAGACUUUUAAAUCAGAAUUCAAACAUCCCCAUAGAAAUUAAAUAUCAACAAAGAAUAAUUAAUCUUUUUUUUUUUGCACCUCUAACCUACAGACUACCGAAACCCUUUUUUUUUAAAACCACCGGUUUGUUAUAGCAACAAUUUAUUAAAAUUGCACAUUCACUAAAGUGAGUGGCACUGCUACAUUCAAAUCAGCCGUAAAUAUUCUUAAUCAGAGCGCGCAUUUCGAUGACGUUUCACACACUCUUCGGAACUCAACGCGGUCUGGACCGUGCUUGUUUGUGGAUUGUUUUUAGCAGGUUGAAGAGAGACGUUCGCUGCACGUAUUUUUUUUUAAAACUAGGAUCGAUGUCUUGGGUAAAAGCAGUCCCAUCCUUUGGAGAGGAUGUGUUUGAUGAAGAUAUUGAUGACAUAAAUCUUCAGCAGAAGGAAUGGAAGAGUAACAUGGAGAAACGGAUCAAGGAUGGUUAUCGAGAUGGUAUGGAUGCAGGCAAAGAGGCUUCGCUUCAGCAUGGGUUCAAUCAGGGUUACAAAGAGGGGGCAUUAAGGAUGGGGGUCAUUGGACAACUCAUAGGAAUUCUCAGUGCCUUGCAGUCAUGGUGCCGGCUUCAAAAAAAGGACUCCAACACCACUGCUAGAGUAAGUCAUCUACUUCAGGAAGUGGACCAGCUGGAGGAGCAAAUGACAGAGAAAUUGAAAAACUGUCAGCAGCAGACCCCCAUGGGAGAGUUAACGGACAUCAUUGAAGACAUGGGUAUUGCAAAACUUACACAGGAGCCAGACUCUGAAUCUAACAGCAAGCCCAAAGGGACUGACUAUUGCAGUUCAGGUGGGGAAGCUGCAAAGAACUGUUGCAAGAGUCAAAGAGCAAGUUCAGGAUCCCACACAGGGUGCUGUCAGCCAUCAUCAGAAACUGUGACACAACACAAUCUAGGACAACUUUUAGUGCAGUGUAUUAAUUUAAUGGGGGAGCUUGGUCUUCCAGCAGAGUUGAUGCAACAUAUCCACCAGUUAAACAACACUUCUCUUUAGUACAAG